AUGGAGGGGGCGGGGCCUGAGAGCGGCGUGGGGCCUCCUAUUGGACCACCGCCUCCUGGGCGGAGCCUGCGCUUCCCAUUGGAGCGGAGCCUCCUGGGGGCGGAGCCUCUUAUCGGCGCGGGGCCCGGAGCUGGGCGGGGCCUCCUAUUGGAGCGGGGGCUCCUGGGGGCGGGGCCAAAGCCUGAGAGCGGCGCGGAGCCUCCGGGGGGCGGGGCCUGGGGAAAAGGGGGGCGGAGCCUCCUAUUGGCGCGGAGCCUGGGGCAGGAGGGGGGCGGAGCCUCCUAUUGGCGCGGAGCCUCCUGGGGGCGGGGCCUGGGGAAUGAGGGGGCGGAGCCUCCUAUUGGCGCGGAGCCUCCUGGGGGCGGGGCCUGGGUGAUGAGGGGGCGGAGCUUCCUAUUGGCGCGGAGCCUCCUGGGGGCGGGGCCAAGGGAAGGGGGCGGAGCCCGCGCGGCGUUUGCGGCCUCCUAUUGGUGCGGAGCCUCCUGGGGGCGUGGCCUGGGGUGCCUCCCCCGCCGCCUUCGGAGUGCGAGCGGACAGUGCGGGUCGGACCCCCGCCGCCGACGGUCGCACGGGCCCGCGCGCUCCGUCGGCCUCCCGCCCCCCCAGCCCGCCGCGAUGAACCGCAGCCUCCCGAAGCCCCCGAGCCUGCGGCCGCUGGGCGGCUGCCCCGCCGUGGAAGUGAAGAGUAAGUUCGGGGCGGAGUUCCGGAGGUUCUCCCUGGACCGCUACAAACCCGGGAAGUUUGCGGACUUCUACCAGCUGGUCCUGCACACCCACCGCAUCCCCAGCCUGGACGUGCUCAUCGGCUACGCGGACGUGCACGGGGACCUGCUGCCCAUCAACAACGACGAUAACUUCUUCAAGGCCGUGUCCAGCGCCAACCCGCUGCUCCGCGUCUUCAUCCAGCGGCAAGAAGAGGUGGACUCCUGCAGCUUCGGGACGGGCACGCUGAGUCGCAGGAAGAAGGCCCUGGUGACCCUGCGCAGCGAGCCCCCGCGCCGCCGGCCGCACCUGGACAUCGGGCGGCCCCAGGACUUCCGCCCGGUGUCGUCCAUCAUCGACGUGGACAUCCUGCCCGAGACCCACCGGCGCGUCCGGCUGUUCCGGCACGGCUGCCAGAAGCCGCUGGGCUUCUACAUCCGCGACGGGGCCAGCGUGCGGGUGUCCCCCCACGGGCUGGAGAAGGUCCCGGGCAUCUUCAUCUCGCGCAUGGUGCCCGGCGGGCUGGCCGACAGCACGGGCCUGCUGGCCGUCAACGACGAGGUCCUGGAGGUCAACGGCAUCGAGGUGGCCGGCAAGACGCUGGACCAGGUGACGGACAUGAUGAUCGCCAACAGCCACAACCUCAUCGUCACGGUGAAGCCGGCCAACCAGCGCAACAACGUCAUCCGCGGCAGCCGGGCGUCGGGCAGCUCGGGCCAGUCGACGGACAGCGCGGCCAGCCAGCACAGCCUGCCCCCGCCGCCCGCCCACGUCCCCCACGGCUUCCUCCCGGACGACGACGCCGAGAGCGACGAGGAGGCCGACCUGGUCAUCGAGGGGGUGCCGGGGCCCCCGCCGGCCCGCGGCCCCCGCCCGCCGCCCGCCUUCCCCGGCCCGGAGGGCGGCGUCAGCCUCUACCGGCUGCUCAGCUCGCUCAAGGCCGACCCCCGCCACGGCCUGGCCACCCCGCAGGGUGGGGUGGAGGAGGACGGCACCGUCAUCACGCUCUAGCCCGACGGGCGGGACGGACCGACGGACCCCCGGCCCGCCUCUCGGCGCCCAUCUGAUUCCCGAGGCACCGCGGGCGGACGGCUCUCCCGCCUCGGACCGUCGGAAACGCCGAGGGCCGCGGGAGCAGCGCCCGGCUUCCGCAUCCCCCGCCCCUCUGAGCCCAUCUCCGUCAGGGAAGAGGCGGGGGGGUUGUCGAUUUACGGCCCUGCCCAUCUCCACCGGCCUGGCCCGGGUGGCACGCCCGAUCAAUCAAUCAAUCAAUCGUAUUUAUUGAGCGCUUCCUGU